AAGCUUCCCUUUCUCUGUUUUUGCAGACUGCUACACCUGCAAAGAGGUCCGUUCUUUCGUAGAGAAUAAGACACCAGGAAAGAGCCUUUCCAUGGACUUUCUGCAGUACAAUCACAAAGCUCUGAGUCGAAUUUACCCAAAAGGCCAGCGUGUGGAGUCUUCCAACUAUGACCCUUACCCACUAUGGACAGUUGGCUGUCACAUGGUGGCUCUUAACUUUCAGACGGCAGAUAAAUACAUGCAGCUGAACCAUGCCCUCUUCAGCUUGAACGGACACGCUGGUUACGUUCUACAGCCAGAGCUCAUGCGCUCUGAUAGUUAUGACCCUCACCAAGAGAAGAAAGUCGUCAAGUACAGCAUUGCUAUUAGGGUGAUUGCUGCCAGACACCUGCCGAAGCUAGGCCGCUCAAUUUCUAGUCCUUUUGUGGAGAUUGAACUGUGCGGUCACACUGAAGUAAAGUCCAAGACCACUGUCUAUCGAGAUAACGGUCUGAACCCAGUGUGGAAAACUCAGCCUGUGUGCUUCAAAGUGUAUGAGCCCGAGCUCACCUUUCUGCGCUUUGUAGUCAAUGAGGAAGACAUGUUUUCAGAUCCGAACUUCCUCGCUCAGGCCACGUUUCCUGUCAAAGGUAUAUGUUCAGGUUACCGCUCUGUGCCUCUAAAGAACGGCUACAAUGAAAACUUAGAAUUAGCCUCUCUUUUAGUUGACAUACAAGUACUACAGCCAGAGAACACAGAAGAAGAACUGUAUUUCUCCUCCAAUCAACUGAGAAAAAAACAAGCAGAGUUCAGCUCAGAAGGACUCCUGUACAAUACACACACAAACAUUAAACUUUCCCCCGCCCCUUACGAACCUUCCACAUCAAAUCAUUUUGUUAGAGAAUGCAGCACAAGUGAGAACAGAGCAAAACAAAAGAAGCUAAAAAGCAGUACAUUCUAUUCCUGAGAAUGGAGCAAACCUCACUUCCUCCUGCUGCAUAACAAGAAGACACACUGACAAUAAAAGAAAUUGCAAUGAGUCCCACGAAAUCUCAAUCCAAACAUCUGUGCCUUGCCUUUAAUUUCCAAAGCUUACCGAUUCAGACACACUGUUAUUGUUGUUUAUUUUUCUAUCUUAUUUUCUCUUAUCAAGUCAGUGUCAGGUUCUCGUUUUUUCCUACUUUAUUUUUUGUUUUUAGAGUUUGUUAGUAAUUUCGAUAUGUAAAACCAUUAAAUAAUGCUAAUUGUGCAAAGUCACUUAAAGAAGAUCAUAAAUUUGUUGUCAUUCUUGCUGUCAUUCUUGCUUUCUUAUGUGCAAUUUGGCCAAAGCAUGUCACAGACAAGAGACUGGAAACUUUCAAUUUUUUAUUUAAAUUUUUUUAUUAAUUUGAGUUAAUGCAUAGUCUCCUUAAAUGUUGUAUGUUGACGUGAUAGUGUACAUCUCCACUGAGAGACUAAGAUAUUCAAAUUUUGGAUAAAGCUGCAAUUAGCCUUGGUUGUUAGUGGAAGUUACAGAAAGUCAUUUCUGCAUAUAUAUGUUUUUGCUCCAUUGAGUGGCCAUUAAACAUCUCACGCUAUCAAAGUA